AUGCCGAUCAUGGUCUGGCACUAUACUGUGCUCCUCAUGCUCUUUGGGGUAACGAGCGUUCGAGCAGAAGGCUGGGAAGAUUUCGAAAACAAUUUCGCUGCUGAUUUGGCACCCCUGGUCGCCCUCUUUGGCGAGCGGCUAACAAAACAAUUCCUGGCCGAAUCCACCAGCCUUCUGGACAACUUAAUCUUCGCUCUAUGCCCGCUGGGUAUUUUGACUGCCGUGGUGUCUCUCAUUCGAAUAUGCGGGAAUGCGUCUCUUCGAGCUUUCAUCGGCAGGGCCAACGAAGCGCCUGGAGAGGCAGAGAAUGAGCUGCUCUCUUGUGUAUCCGAAGGCACGGCGGAGUUAUUUAAUAACGGCGGUAUCUCCAGGGUUUCUGGCAGGCCUAGAAUUUUGGAAGUUGUUGUAUGGGAAGAGCAGGGCUCUUACAAAUUUGGGCAUCUGCGAGAUGCCCUUGAAGAUGGUGCUUGGUCCGCCGAGGGGGAAGAAAUUCAGCAUGAGAAAGGACUUCAUUCACUCCCUGAGCUUGAUAUCCCGAAUUUAUCUUUGAAUAAGGGUAUCAAGCGGAGGGGAAUCGCAUGGUUUUACCUUGCUGCUUUAAUGGGGAUAGCCCUACAAGGAGGUACACUUAUAUAUGCGACUAUGACGGUCUUUUGGUAUUCCAAAAUUUUUGAGGACGAUGAGGAUUCGCCCGCCAACUAUGCUCUCCCGCUCUAUCUUUACGGGUCGGUAUCCCUUAGCCUGGGCAUGUUUCUAUGUGCCUUUCUGAUAGAACGCUCAUCAAGCGAGAGCUAUUUAUACUCAACAAAGCCAAGUAAGAUAUAUUGGUUACAGCCUGGCCGGCAGUCAAUUGGAGAUCAGGAUUUUGGGGCUUUCCUUGCUGUUGACGAAAGCCCAUACUCAUCAAACACGCAGCACUUAACAUACACAAAAUCCUUUCGCGGCCCUGCACCAAAAGGCAGACGACCCUUCCUCAUCUUCACAAUCUGCAUCACUGCUACCGGAUUCAUUGCGCAAUUUGUUGGACUCCGUGGCCUGCAUCCAUCCGUCAUAAUUGCAGAUGUUGGAUCUACCCUUCUUAUGGCUGCGGUUCGCACACUACUGAGAACUAAGCGAAUCGGUUCAGAGGGGAACCGGUUUAGCAAGGACGAUCGGGAGGCAUUCUCUCACAAUCAACAAGAAUUGGAUUGCUUCGCGUAUCAGCUUGAGAACGUUGAAUCCUUCCGUUUAGUAUCGAGCCCCGUGCACCACACGGCGCGGUCACGGUCUGGAUCAUGUUCGACGGACAGCUCCUCGCAAACAUCAAUCCAGACUUCUGGUCUUGGAGCAAAACUCAUACGAACCAGAUCUCAGUUGGCAAAGCUCACUUCUUGCAGUCGCCACCCGAGUAUGGAUUGGGACGAUCUCCCAAUUCGGAAAGUGGCUCAGGAUUUGGCAAACACGAUCGAAAUGACAAUGGAGGUCGUCUCAAGAUGGAAGGAGGCUCCCAGUAGCACCUGCAGUUUUGAGCUUUCCUUCGCUUGCCAGCACAAUCACAAGUCUAUGGGCUCUCCGCUGGAGACGUACUCUAUUGCGCUUACACGGUCAGACGAUACGCUCCAACGGAGAGUCAACGAGAACGAGCUGGAGGCAAUAUUAGGGCUUUGGACCUUUUCGUUGUUGAAGUCGGAUCCAAAAUGGUUAGGGAAGGGCCUCGGACGGGCCGUGGGAUUGACCAAGGCCGAGGCCAGCGCCGAAGCAACAGACCUAUAUUUCCACAAAUGGAUCUAUCGCCAGAGAGAAGCUGUGAUGGUGUCAUCCAAGAUGAUAUCCUUCUCAGAGCAGAGUUUUGGUUACUACUCUGACGGUCGCCCGGAUAGCAAGGAAAUCCUUGUUGUGAAAACUGAAAACAGCCUGGAGGUCAUGGCUGCGCAGGACAUCUACAUCCAGUUUCUCAUGAGCAUCGUCCCAGAAAUCGAGUCUCUCAGCGGUGGGGUUGAUAUCCUUCCGGUCUCACAUAACGUUUUUCUAGCACAAAGCGCUAGCAUUGAUGAACUGGUGGGCUGUUUUGAAUCCGGGAACCUAGGCUCAAGAGAAGAUGCUUUGUUGUGCAUUGUGCCGGUGCUAAAACAUCAGAACCUUCUUCCUGAACUUGCUGGUGAUACAAGAGCUGUCCGAGAGCGUAUACAGAAGCUUACCUCUGACGGAAACUGGGACAGUGCAUUCGAUAUCCUUAAAUGGCUCUGUGAGCGCUGUGAAGGGAAAGAAUCUGAGCGAUCCGUAUACGAGCUUGGUCUUCUCUGCCAACGAGCUAUGCUCACUCGAACUGGGAGUGUCCGAGAAAAAGGCUUCGAAAAUGCCCAGUUCCUACUCCAGUGUGAUAUCAGAUCCCGAUUUUUCAGAGGCAUUAAAAGUCCGCGGCCUUCGCACUGGAUUCACUCGCACGUCCGGAGGGCAUGGUGGUCCAAUUUUUCUAGACAACUUGGAUGGGCCACAUUUCACUUCGCCAAUAAGGUCGGCCGACAUGGGACGACACAAUUUCUAGAAUCAAUUGGCCUAUCCAAUGCUUCAAUCUAUCAAGCGAACACCAGCAAUGUCGACUCAAGUGAACCGGGCAGCACUCAACAUAUGGUACUGGCAUUUCUGGAUCCGGAAAUAGAUGUUGAGCUGCAUGAUGCAGCUCAGCAUGGAUACGAGCGCUUUAUGGCCGCAUGCCUCGAUUCUGUUAACUCAUCUCAGCAAGCAGCUCUCCGUUACUGGCUUCUAGCCAGAUGGGCGGAAUAUGGACAGCCACUGCCACAUCUGGCCAUGAAGGCAUUCGUGUGCGCAGCAAAAAGCAACCCAGUAUCGGUCCUUCAGACUCUCGGACGACUUGGGUCAGAUAUCAACGCGAUCGGAAACGAAGGUUGUACGGCUCUGAUGGAACUGGUUGCGACUGGAGAUAUGGAGGCGACAAAGAAGCUGCUUAUGCAUGGCGCAGAUGUAAAUUCAUGCUCAGCGGCGAACAAUUUGAAUGCAUUGAGUUUCGCUGCUAUUCAAGGCCGGGAGGAACUUCUGUGUCUUCUCGUCGACUAUGGAGCAGAGCUCGAGCUUCGUAACUUGAUUGGCUAUACAGCUCUGCACUCCGCCUGCGCAGAGAACCAAUUGUCCAGCGCUGCCCUACUUCUCAGAAGAGGCGCAGAUAUUGAGACCCUCGCGACAGACGGGCGUACUCCGCUCCUCUCGGUGGUUGUUGGCGGUGAUCUGGACAUGGCCAACUUCCUCAUAGACAUGGGAGCCAACAUUAACGCCACGGACCAUCAAGGAAAUACGGCACUGAUGUUAGCGACAAACUUAGAAUACGGAGAAACUGUCCGGCUCUUGUUGGGUAAACAAGCCGAUAAAGAAAAGAAGAAUUAUAUAGGCAAGACGGCGCUUGACAUAGCGAAGGAACACGAAAAUGCAUCGAUUGUAGCUAUUUUGGAAGCUGCAUAG